CUGCUCCCUGAACACUUUCUGACCCAACAGUCCCCCAGCGCCGGACGCGCCGCGCCCCGGCGGCUCUAGGGACCCCCCGCGCCUGCACUGUCCCCGCGCGGACGAGUAGGGGGCGCCCGCGUCUUUGCCCCCCGUGCGCACCCCCGCCCCGCUCACCUUAGCCCCGCGCCCGAGGUGAGCCCGGCCCCUAAAUCCUCCGGGCGGGGGCGGGGGUGGGGGUGGGGGACGCUCCUUUUUUAUUGGGGGGGGUUCUUGGAGGCGCGAAGGCGCUAGGCGCCUCAGCGGAUGGCUGCACCCCUCGCCCGGGGCUCCCCGUGUCUUUUGGGGGGCCGGGUGCGGGCGCGGAAUCCGGGAGGUGUCCGCACAAAAGGCCGAGAGAAACUCCGCGACGCCUCCUUGCCUCCCUCCCUCCCUCCGCCCUCCCCGCCCCCUCCCCUCCGCGCCCGCUCCUCCUCAUUCAAACCCGGCCGGCCCGAGUGGUGUCAGCUCAGUCCCGGCCGCCGCCGCGCGAGGAAAUGGCCGAGGAGCCGGAGCCGCAGGGUUUGGAAAUCCCUUGUCUCCAGGUUGCUGGGAUUGACUUUUUGCUCAAUUGAAACACUCAUUCAAUGGAGACAAAGAGAACUAAUGCUUUGUGCUGAUUCAUAUUUGAAUCAAGGCAUUGGGGAGCCUGUAUGCCUUGUUUGUGGAAAGAACCAGUGACACCACCACUGAGCUUCCUAAAAGUUCGAAGAAGUUAGAGGACUAUACACUUUCUUUUGAACUUUUAUAAUAAAUAUUUGCUCUGGUUUUCGAAGCCCAGGGCUGUUAGAGGGGUGAGUGACAAGUCUUACAAGUGGCCUUAUUCCAACUCCAGAAAUUCCCCAACGGAACUUUGAGAUUAUAUGCAAUCAAAAGUGACAGGAAACAUGCCAACUCAGUCCCUCUUAAUGUACAUGGAUGGGCCAGAAGUGAUUGGCAGCUCUCUUGGCAGUCAGAUGGAGAUGGAGGACGCCAUGUCAAUGAAAGGGACCGCUGUUGUUCCAUUCCGAGCUACGCAAGAAAAAAAUGUCAUCCAAAUCGAGGGGUAUAUGCCCUUGGAUUGCAUGUUCUGCAGCCAGACCUUCACACAUUCAGAAGACCUUAAUAAACAUGUCUUAAUGCAACACCGGCCUACCCUCUGUGAACCAGCAGUUCUUCGGGUUGAAGCAGAGUAUCUUAGUCCGCUUGAUAAAAGUCAAGUGCGAACAGAACCUCCCAAGGAGAAGAACUGCAAGGAAAAUGAAGAAUUUAGCUGUGAGGUAUGCGGGCAGACAUUUAGAGUCGCUUUUGAUGUUGAGAUCCACAUGAGAACACACAAAGAUUCUUUCACUUACGGGUGUAACAUGUGCGGAAGAAGAUUCAAGGAGCCUUGGUUUCUUAAAAAUCACAUGCGGACACAUAAUGGCAAAUCGGGGUCCAGGGGCAAACUGCAGCAAGGCUUGGAGAGUCCAGCAACGAUCAACGAGGUCGUCCAGGUGCACGCGGCCGAGAGCAUCUCCUCUCCUUACAAAAUCUGCAUGGUUUGUGGCUUCCUAUUUCCAAAUAAAGAAAGUCUAAUUGAGCACCGCAAGGUGCACACCAAAAAAACUGCUUUCGGUACCAGCAGCGCGCAGACAGACUCUCCACAAGGAGGAAUGCCGUCCUCGAGGGAAGACUUCCUGCAGUUGUUCAACUUGAGACCAAAAUCUCACCCCGAAACGGGGAAGAAGCCUGUCAGAUGCAUACCUCAGCUUGAUCCGUUCACCACCUUCCAGGCUUGGCAGCUGGCUACCAAAGGAAAAGUUGCCAUUUGCCAAGAAGAAGUGAAGGAAUCGUCGGGCCAAGAAGAAGUGAAGGAAUCGUCGGGGCAAGAAGGGAGCACCGACAACGAUGAUUCGAGUUCCGAGAAGGAGCUUGGAGAAAUUUGGAAUGCGAAUAAAAGCCAUUCGGAAGGUUCUGGAAAGGCCAAAACAAAUAAGGGCAGUUGUACAGGCCUCUCGCAAGAGAAAGAGAAGUGCAAACACUCCCACGGCGAAGCGCCCUCUGUGGACGCGGAUCCCAAGUUACCCAGUAGCAAGGAGAAGCCCACACACUGCUCCGAGUGCGGCAAAGCUUUCAGAACCUACCACCAGCUGGUCUUGCACUCCAGGGUCCACAAGAAGGACCGGAGGGCCGGCGCGGAGUCGCCCACCAUGUCUGUGGACGGGAGGCAGCCGGAGACGUGUUCUCCUGACCUCGCCGCCCCUCUGGAUGAAAAUGGAGCCGUGGAUCGCGGGGAAGGUGGUUCUGAAGACGGAUCUGAGGAUGGGCUUCCCGAAGGAAUCCAUCUGGAUAAAAAUGAUGAUGGAGGAAAAAUAAAGCAUCUUACAUCUUCAAGAGAGUGUAGUUAUUGUGGAAAAUUUUUCCGUUCAAAUUAUUACCUCAAUAUUCAUCUCAGAACGCAUACAGGUGAAAAACCAUACAAAUGUGAAUUUUGUGAAUAUGCUGCAGCCCAGAAGACAUCUCUGAGGUAUCACUUGGAGAGACAUCACAAGGAAAAACAAACUGAUGUUGCUGCUGAAGUCAAGAACGAUGGUAAAAAUCAGGACACUGAAGAUGCACUAUUAACCGCUGACAGUGCGCAAACCAAAAAUUUGAAAAGAUUUUUUGAUGGUGCCAAAGAUGUUACAGGCAGUCCACCUGCAAAGCAGCUUAAGGAGAUGCCUUCUGUUUUUCAGAAUGUUCUGGGCAGCGCUGUCCUCUCACCAGCACACAAAGAUACUCAGGAUUUCCAUAAAAAUGCAGCUGAUGACAGUGCUGAUAAAGUGAAUAAAAACCCUACCCCUGCUUACCUGGACCUGUUAAAAAAGAGAUCAGCAGUUGAAACUCAGGCAAAUAACCUCAUCUGUAGAACCAAGGCGGAUGUUACUCCUCCUCCGGAUGGCAGUACCACCCAUAACCUUGAAGUUAGCCCCAAAGAGAAGCAAACGGAGAAUGCAGCUGACUGCAGAUACAGGCCAAGUGUGGAUUGUCACGAAAAACCUUUAAAUUUAUCCCUGGGGGCUCUUCACAAUUGCCCGGCAAUUUCUUUGAGUAAAAGUUUAAUUCCAAGUAUCACCUGUCCAUUUUGUACCUUCAAGACAUUUUAUCCAGAAGUUUUAAUGAUGCACCAGAGACUGGAGCAUAAAUACAAUCCUGACGUUCAUAAAAACUGUCGAAACAAGUCCUUGCUUAGAAGUCGACGUACCGGAUGCCCGCCAGCGUUGCUGGGAAAAGACGUGCCUCCCCUCUCUAGUUUCUGUAAACCCAAGCCCAAGUCUGCUUUCCCGGCGCAGUCCAAAUCCCUGCCAUCUGCGAAGGGGAAGCAGAGCCCUCCUGGGCCAGGCAAGGCCCCUCUGACUUCAGGGAUAGACUCUAGCACUUUAGCCCCAAGUAACCUGAAGUCCCACAGACCACAGCAGAAUGUGGGGGUCCAAGGGGCCGCCACCAGGCAACAGCAAUCUGAGAUGUUUCCUAAAACCAGUGUUUCCCCUGCACCGGAUAAGACAAAAAGACCCGAGACAAAAUUGAAACCUCUCCCAGUAGCUCCUUCGCAGCCCGCCCUCGGCAGCAGUAACAUCAAUGGUUCCAUUGACUUCCCUGCCAAGAGUGACAGCCCGUGGGCACCUCCAGGAAGAGACUAUUUCUGUAAUCGGAGUGCCAGCAACACUGCAGCAGAAUUUGGUGAGCCCCUUCCGAAAAGACUGAAGUCCAGCGUGGUUGCCCUUGAUGUUGACCAGCCCGGGGCCAAUUACAGAAGAGGCUAUGACCUUCCCAAGUACCAUAUGGUCAGAGGCAUCACAUCACUGUUACCGCAGGACUGUGUGUAUCCGUCGCAGGCGCUGCCUCCCAAACCAAGGUUCCUGAGCUCCAGUGAGGUCGAUUCUCCAAAUGUGCUGACUGUUCAGAAGCCCUAUGGUGGCUCCGGGCCACUUUACACAUGUGUGCCUGCUGGUAGUCCAGCAUCCAGCUCGACGUUAGAAGGUCUUGGUGGAUGUCAGUGCUUAUUCUCCAUGAAAUUAAAAUUUACUUCAUCUUUUGAGAAGCGAAUGGUGAAAGCUACUGAAAUAAGCUGUGAUUGUACUGUACAUAAAACAUAUAAGGAAUCUGCAAGGAACACUACAGUUUUGUAAAGUUGUUCUGUUAACUUUUGUACCAAAUAGCAAUAAAAACUAGUUGGAACAGUUGGAACCUACAUACAUGGGGACUGGAAAUCUCUAUUUUGUCCCUGAAUAAUAUUUUUUUUAGAAUUGACCAAAUAAGAAGUGGAAUUUUUGCAUACUUGAGCGCUGCUGAAGAGAAAUCAUUUGGGUUGGGUGGGGCGGGAUGGGGGAAAAGUAUAUAAUGCUUGCACCUCAGGUAAAAAUCUGUAAAUAUCUAAGUUGUAAACCUGCUUGUUCAAAUACUGUGUGUAUUCCUUUUCUCUAAUACAGCUCAUCACUUGGAGCAGUUUCUGCUAUUGUGCUCUUUCAUUUAAAAUGUAUGUUUGUUUUUUUUUUUAAACUGUCAAUGAUUUUGUAUUAUGUUGAAUCCACCCAAAUCUAUUGUUGUCUUAAAAUUGUUAAUGGAAGUAUUGACCCUCUAUGAUAUGUGCUGCAGAUAUCGAGGUCAGCCAUUCGGAAGUUGGCAGCAUUUUAUUGCAACUUUGAGCAUCUCAGCUGGGGAAGGCACCUUCUUCCUCGCCUCUCCAGAUUGUCCUGGAACCUCCAGGAACCUUGACUGAGGGAGUUGGGAUGGCUUGUAGGAUUUUUAAGAGAGUGUGUCUACAGACAAGCAUUUUCUCUGUAGAGCAGCCACACAUUGUGUAAACAUAAGAAACUGUAUGUGCAGUUAUUUAAAUUUGUUUCUAUCAAAUUAAUCAUUUUUGUUGGAAGAUUCAGUGGCGGGGGGUUUGCCUAAAUUAGUAUAUAAAAACAAAAAUGCUAAAUUAUACCUGUGAAUUGCAGGUAUUGGGGAACAGUUUUAAGGGAAAUUUUGGGGGGAACAUUUUAGGUUUGUAUUUGGUAGUCUUAAUGUAUCUGGCAUUUGGGUGAACUGUGGACAUACUAGAGUUGAUUAUAGACACAUUGAUUCUGAAUAAGGAACUGCUGGCCGAGCCUGCUGGGAGUCUAGAAAGAGAAAAUCUGUUUCUAGACCUCAGUUAUUUUCCCAUUUUUGGUUGUUUUGAAGCAGUAACAUUUUUGUCAGUGCACAUGCAAUUUGAGUUUUAGAGAAGAUGGCCACCAGCUGGCUUCCUAGAUAUUUUAAACUUUUGUUCUUUAAUGUGCUGUCCAUGGCUGAGUGUAUUAGUACAUGGGCUUAGUGACCACAAAAUAUUUUAUUAAGAAACUGUUUCAAAAAUAAAUUUGCACUGUUCAUUUUUCUGGCCUCGCUGUUCUCCAUAGAGCAAGGGUAAUCCUAGAAGAUUAUUUUUUUUUUUUUAAAUUAUGCAACGUAGGAGGUCCUCCUUGAUAGAAGUCUUAGCUCCCGUGUUACAAGGGAGAACUCAUUUUGAGAUCAGUCUGCUGGCAUUGCAAUGAAGUGCUUUGUAUCAGGAAAGUGUACACUAUUGACCUUUUUUUCCUGUUCACAAGCUGAGCCAUAUGUACAUAAUCUAGAUUUUGUUUUCAUAGUUUUGCACUUUUAUAGCCUAUUUUUGAAGAUUAACACAUUUGCAAGAUGAUUGACUCAAUCUUUGCCUAAUCCAAUGAGUGUUACAGAGAGCUUGCUGUGACUAGAACCAUAAAUCUUAAAGGGGGUAUGUGAUAAUAGAGGGCUGGAAUUUAAACCUGUAUUUAAAAAAAAGAAUCACCAAAUCUAUUUGAAAACAAGUCAAUUUGUAUUAUGCUGGAAGUUUUUGGGCUUUUCAGAUUUCUCUUUUUAACCACAUUUCUGAAUGUAUAAAAAUACCAAUUAUUUUCCUACAGCCCUUUGUACUUCAAAAUAUGUUUUUGUGUCCAUCAGUAUUAACUAUUGGUAUACUACUGGUUUUAUAUUUUUUUUCUUUGAGACAACAGUACAUAUAAUAGAGGUACAAUUCGUUGGAUUUUUGUUUAUGUAUUUAUUUCAUUCCAGUUUGAUUUAUUUUAAUUGUUGAUACUUAAGUUGUCAAACAGUAGACAUUACUUGUUUUAUUUAUGAUAUAUUUCAGCUUAAAGUUAUGUUAUUAUAUGUGGAAGUGUAAAUAUAGAUUUGGUGUUUUGCAA